UCAAAAGAUCGACAACGUUCGACGAGUGCAGAUCACCAGAGCUAAAUAAGCAGCAACACUUUACUCUGUAGUAAACUCGCAAAGUCCGUAGAUUUUCACGUAACCACUCAAAGAUUUUCACGUGCGGUUCCCCAAAAACUAAACAAAUCGGCAGUUUGUUAAUAAACAAUACAUUUAUUAAACCGUUCUUAAGUGUCAGUGACUCUUGGACACACGAACAAAAAAAACCAAACACACACAAACGUGACUGUAUAAUCAGCCAAGAAACCCAACAACUGGUGGUGAUAAUAAAAGAACUUACAACAACAGCGCCGAGAACCAGUAUAAAGUUCAAUAUCGAGUUGAUUCAAAUUAAACAAAGGAGAAUCGACAGUAGCAGCAGCAACAAAAAACCAACUCGGUUUUGUCAUUAAAGUAUUUUUGGUCAAUACACGACAUACGAAAUGGCAGCCUACUUGGACCCCACUGGCCAGUACUAAAGAAGCUGUUGGAAACGAAGAAAAAGUCGCUUAAAAUCUUCAAAACAUUUUUCAUAAAUCGAAAAUCUAAACCAUGGCCGCCUAUCUGGAUCCCACUGGUCAGUACUGAAGAAGGAGCAGCAGACAGAAGUAUAUAUUUUGAGUAACCUGCAAUAAGUAAUCAAAAACAAUCUUAAAAUGUUGCUCGACUUGGACCCCACUGGCACCUACUAGGCCAUUAACUCAAGAACCAAACUUAGCCAAGCAAAUAGGGCUAAAUAUUGCAAAAGAAAAGCACAAACUCCACUGCAGAAACCCCUCAAAAUUCAAGCCUACAAAAUGCUGGAUCCUACAGGAACCUAUCGGCGACCCCGCGACUCGCAAGAAACCCGCCAAAAAAGGCGACAGGACUGCCUGGAUCCAACCGGGCAGUACUAGGAGACCAUCCCUGACUACAACAGCCCCAAAACGCCUUUGCCUUAUCCAAAAAUUCUGGGCAUGAUUGGGGGAGCGCGCUGGUUGCGCGUUCGUGGCCGCGAGGAGACUUCCAGCUGUCGGCGAAGGAGAAAGCUGGGGGAUUCCCCCAACCCUGCGAUGCGAACUUUUGUAUUUAUGUAGUUUUUGCGUAGCUUACCAUACCUAUUAUAUUAAUUAUUUAUUAUUAUCAUACUAUUUAAAUUGAAUAUUGUUCAUUGCUGUUCACAAAACACCGAAAUGCGCACAUAUCCUAUAUCCUAUAUAUCGUAUCACACAUACACCAUAUAUGUUAUAUAUAUAUAUACAUACACUUGUAAUUGCUUCUUCAAGUUGGAAAAGAUUACGCAAAGAGUAUUACGUUUAGUGUCAUAUUUCCCGAGCAAAUCUUCGUUUGUUUAAAUUAUAAUUUUAUUUAUUGCCAACGAUUUGCAAUGUUUUCUCUCGUUGAGAGCAGGGCAAAUCAUUCGGAGCGAGAAAUUUUGUUUAGAUAUUAAGCCUAUUAAGCUAUUUAUAUGUCUACACCUUCGACCAACAUUCAGACAACCCAUACACACCUCUCACACCCAUAAAAAUAUAAUAUUAAAAGAAAACCAUAUUUACAACUGAAAA